AUGUCGAGACUGAUUAACACCCUUGUCCGCCCCAACGAGGAGUACGUCAUCGAAUCGAUUGAACUGGAAGACACCAUGCAAGACAUCGUCAAGCAGUCUGUCGAGGGUCUUCCGGUCACUUUCAAGAUGACCCAAGCCGGAACACAGUCGGAUGCGAUUUUGAAGCAGGUUAAGCAGUUCGUCGAAACAGUUUGGCCAACCGAUCGGUCGAAAUUCAACUACUCCAAGCUACAGCAGUUCCAUCAACGCCGGGACAGUCUAUCAAUAGUUUCCGAUUGUAUCGUCUACGGAGAACGAUUGGUCAUUCCUGCAAAAUUUCGAGAUCGGGUUCUGAGUGUUCUACACAAGGGCCACCCAGGAGUGGAGAGAAUGCGGUCCAUAGCACGCAGCUACGUCUAUUGGCCCGGAAUCAACGAGCAGAUCAGCCAGCGUGGUCGAGCCAAAUGGCUAGAAGUCAUCUCCACCAAGCGUAUCACAGCAUCUGCAACGGUGGCCAUGUUCCGCGAGAUCUUCACCAGAAACGGGAUGCCUGAAACUUUGGUUACCGACAAUGGCACACAGUUCGCGAGCAAGGAAUUUGAAGCGUUCUGCAGCAACCACGGAAUCCUUCAUCUAAGAACACCGCCGUACCAUCCGCAGUCGAACGGUCUCGCAGAGAAAUUUGUCGACACAUUCAAGCGAGGACUUCGGAAAAUAACGACGGGAGGAGAGCCUCUUCGCGAAGCAAUUGAUACUUUCCUUUUGUGCUACCGCUCCACUCCUUGUCGUAGCGCACCUGAUGGGAAGCCUCCAGCGGAGCUGUUAUCGGGCAGAAGAUUACGAACAGCAUUGGACCUACUGAGACCACCAAACUCGUUCUACAAGCAGCCCGAAUCGAAGCAGGAAAUCCAGUUCAAUCGAAAGCAUGGUACGAAAGCGCUGAACUACGAUGUCAAGGAUCUGGUUUAG